AUGAUAAUUUCAAUGGACUUAAAUGCAUCUCCACUGCCCGAGGAGGAAGAAGAUUAUGAGCACAUUGGGGGUAAUACUCCAGUGGAAGAACGCAUAGAGACGGCUGUACAGACUUUCCGCAGGGUACAUUUCUCUUUCUUAUUCUGAUGGGUUUGCCUCGGCAUUCACUACUGUCUGAUGAGGUUUCUUAUUCUGAUAUUUCAAGAUUUUUUUUUUCAUGGUCUCUGUUUUAAAUUCUUGAGCUAGCUGAGUUAUAAGCUUGAAAAUAUUACCGCAUUGUGGUGAUUAUGAUAUAAAAAAUCUGGUAGGAUUGUGCCAAUAUGCUUUUGUAGCUUUACUCCACUCACUGGGUAUUCAAUGGCAUCACAAAAGCAAGUUAAAUAAGCUGUGGUUAAGAUGGAAGGAGUGCCACUGAUGGAAUGGAGAUUUCUAGCUGUGCUGGGUCGGUGCAACUCUGUAGAUUAUUUGGAUGGAAAAACUAAAGCAUAUUUUUGAAAGAGAAAGCAGACCAUCUGACAUUUUUCUUUAAUUAGGGGAAUCAAAAGAUUGAACAGUGGGUAAGGGUUUUUUUAUCUCAAGGAAAUGCCUGUUCUGUGGGAAGGUUGAUUUAGUAAUAGAGCUUAAACCAUCUUGGGGGAGGACGUAACUAAUGUGUAGAGGGGUUUUCAGCAGCCUGUAUGUUACACACCUGUACAUAUUUUCGUUCUUUAUUUGUUGAUCUUUUGGUCCUACCAUUUGGUGAAAGGGAAAGAAAAGUAUUCCUCGUUGCCAUAAAAUAUGAAUUUUUAAAAUAAAUAAAUGAUACUACGAUUAUACAAUAUUGUGGCAAAAGUUCUGUUGCUCUGGGAUGCUCAUUUUGAUUCGAAACGUUUCCUAUUUUAUUCACUUGUAACUGAUUUAGUAUUUCGUGGUAUUUAAUUUGGUCGUGGUUGUGUUUCUGUUAUCUUGCUUUUUUUCUCAACCUUAGUUUUCCUUUUUUUUUUUGCAACAUGAGUUAGGAACGUGAGGAAAGAAAACGCCGGCGGCAAGGAGAAAACACAAAUGAGGUCCCAGCUCGAGCUGUACGGCCAAAUUUGAAUCAUUAUACGCCCCCACCUUGGAACUCAGGGCAUCAUGAUAAAAGACGGCUUCCUGAUGGUGCGGGUGUUAUAUAUUGUUGUCAUUCAGAUUGGGUUCAUUAUGUGGUCUUUUUUGUGAUGAUUUUUUGAUCUAUCUUUUACCAAAUGAGUUCUAUAUGGUAUUGGACUUGCUUCUGGAUUUUGAAGCUUCUGGUUAGAAAUUACUUAGUUCAGAUUUGGUGCAAAUUGUAAUUAUGGGGUAUACACAUGGUGAAUCCAUUUAUCCAUGCCACAAUUGGUUAGAGAAAAGUAAAGACGUAGCCUCAGUGUGUUUUUCUAAAUUCUUUCAUAUUAGGAUGCCAAUAUUCUCAUAAUUUUUAACAUCUUAGAAAAAAUAGUACAACUAAUAUUAAAUUGAUCUAGUAUCACGACGGAUACCAUCUAAUCUAUAACUAAAGUGUCACUUUCGAAAAAGAAAAUGUAACUCGAAGUUUCUUUAAAAAGUUGAUUCUUCAUUAACUUUUCUAGGUAUGAACAAGGGGAGUAGCACACACUACUCUUCACAUACAUGAUACUUACUGAGCUCUCUUCCAUUGGGUCGUCGGUCCACAUAUAUUAUAAUUUUGUUCAUGUUCUUUUUUAAUGUUGGAAUAUGCUAUUGCUCAUCUCACUCCAAUAGUCCACAAGAUUGUUGGCAAAAGCACAUCCUGCUUCCUAAUAUCUUUGGGCACAGGGUAGCCUUUGUGUCAAUGACUAAAUUCGGUCUUUACAUAAAAUUAUAGUAAUUUUUGGGAAAGUAAUUAUCUCGCCUUUAGUUAGGUAUUACAUUUAUCUCGAAGGCAAGUUUUUAAUUUACAUUAUCAAUCAUGAAUUUAUUUGUAGAACGAGUGAUGCGCAUAGAUCAAUUAUUAAUAUUCAAAAGCAGCUAUUUGCUAUGACCUUUUUGUUAGAUGUGAUGAAUGUUUAAACUUGAGUUUUUUAUAAUAACAUGGAGGUGAUUCUUGUACAAUUUUGGUCGAAUCUGAUCGUUCUUUAGUCACAUGAUAAUUUUAGCCGCCUUUGCAAUGUUACCUACAAUAACGUUAGAAUGAUGACCUUAUUGGUUUGUCUUGUUUAUUACAGGUUGGAUAGACUGCCCUUCGUUUGGCCAUUGCAUAGACUUUAUGAUUCCAUCAAAAGUUCCUCUGGGGGAAUCGUUUAAUGAUUUAGUGCCACCUGGCAGGAGAUAUUCUUCCAAACAAGUGAUUCAUCAAAAUAGGAGGGCAGGGAGGGAAGUAAGUGUAUUGGAUGAGCUCUGAUGACUCAGAUCAUUUGUCAACCAACUUUAUUACUUAUCACUGUCUUUUUGUGAUUGCUUUAUUGAUUUCAAUACGACAGUGAUUUUUAUUUGUUUGCCCAUCUCUGUGACAGUGGUAAAUAUUUUGAUGAAUGAAAUAUAUCAAAUCCAUAUUCUUUGUUUAGAAGCUAGUGAAACAUGAGAAUGCACUUCCUGACCUGACAAUGAAGUACCAUGUUGUGAUCUUUCCCGGCAUUGCAAUCUCAUGGCCUAAUGAUUUAUUCCCGAAAUUGAUUGUCUGAGAAAGAAUCAUGUACUGAGUGUCAGACAAUGCACAUACUUUGUGUUUUAUGCCAAAUUAAUUAUGAUUUGGGGCAGCUUGGUGAAUUUUGAUGAAGAUUAUGAGUGACUGGCUUUCUUCAACUCUAUAAAGGUUAUGUAUGUACUUCGUUACGAGUUCUACAAGGAGUUGGACUCAUGAUUUUUUUUCUGGGAGUUCAGGCCUGUACAUGGAUACGAGUUUUGCUGGAAAUUUAGGGUUCCUUUAGAGCUAUUGUGUUCAUGUGUCUGAUGACAUUUAGAAAUGUUUAAUGUCCUUUGAUAGUCAAAGGACUAUAAGCCUCAGUGAGUCACAUAGAAAAGGUAAGGGGGCAUCAUAAUUGUUGUUUCUGUACCAUCAUCUUUUCACAUUAUUGAUCCGCAAUCUACGCCCAGUAAAGUGAAAAAAAAACCAUGAUUGGCCACUCAGUCUCCGUUAAUUUUGUCACAAGAGAACUUGUAAUCUUCCCCUUGGAUGGGCCCACCUUGUUUUUUUGGGUUGCAUUGAGCCUUAUGCCUUUGUUAAGGCAGGGAUGGCCGCAGAGCGGCUGGUAAGGGGCCCUCCCUCCAUGCUGCUUCUGGCUGAUUCAUAUCUCUGUGUUUGGACUUGAAAAUGCUGCUCUGAUCUGGUGUCACUAUCUGGUGCUUGAGCUGGCGUUUUGAUCUUUUGUUGCAUCUUAAUUUUUCCUGUCUGACUGCUUUUGUAAUUAGGAUUUCAAUGAGGUUUGGGCAUUGAUCAGCUUUAGGCUCCUUGAGGGUUUUGGCCACAACAUAUGGCGAGCUUCUGCUGCUUCUUAUUCUUCCAUUGCCCAUCACUGCACUUGGAGUUACUUGCCUUCGUUAGCUUGUCUUUGGACAACUUCAUCCUUGGGUGAAACUUCCCUCUCUUGCUUCUCAGUAGUUAGAGCUAGGUUUCCUGACUGGUGAGGAUUAGGGGAGGAUGUCAGUUCUGCUGAAGUAGCUUCUUCUGUUACUACAUCUGGGUGUUGCAAUGAAUCUUUGUCCUUUCUUCUGGAGAGGCUCGCCGCGCCUUAAUAUUCUCCAUUGUAGUGGUUCACUUUUGUAAUUUUUUUUCAAAGAUCAUCCAGUCAUGCUACCACCGAUUGGGAGUGGGGGACUAGGGAGCUCAUAACAGUGAUGGGUGAACUUAGUUGACAAUGGGUAAUGAUGCCUCUGAUUGUAUGAUUUAAUCCAAUGGACUUGGAUUUCAGUCUAGUUGCUUUCUGAGAUGGCUAUCCGAGUAUCUGAUUCAUACCUUCUUUUGUGUAGCUGCAAUGGGGAAAGUACGAUGACCUGGUGUAACUGAUUUUUUUUUGCUUAGUUCCUGGUGGUUGGAAAACGUUACUGUCAGAUCAAUACAUGAACUACUAUUAUAAGAUAAAAAGAUAUGGCAUGUUUUGACCUUGGGUGAACACAUUCUUAUCAAAUACGAGCCCUAAGACAACCCGCUGAGUCCUGGCACCCAGGGACUCAUGCCAUGUUGUGGAAAAGCAUAGUGUGUACCACCCACGGGGAUCCAAGAGAAGAGGGGCUAUUUUUUGACUGAACGUUAUCUCAGCUUAUCUCUUAUUUAAAUCACGUUGAAGGAUACACAGUUCGUUGUACAAGAAGUUUCUAUGUUAAAGUUACGUUUAAUUGUUUUUCAGAUCGGUUUUGUGGUUGACUUGACAAAUACAUCUCGGUAUUAUCCAUCAUCAGAUUGGACGAAACAAGGUAUUAAAUACUCUAAGGUGAGAUAUUGCUUUGCUUUGCUCCACUGAUCAUAAUUCAACAAUUCGUUAUGUUAAUCUUUUCUGGGCUGACACUUGAAAUUCUUUUUUCUGUCUAGAUUGCUUGCAAGGGCCGAGAUGAUGUACCUGAUAAUGAAUUAGUUAACAGAUUUUUUUUUGAGGUACGUGCACAGAUACGUUUUCAAAUGAUAUGCCUAUGUUGGUUUCUUUUGUUUUAUUUCCUUGUGGCAUAGUGUUUAUGGUAUUAUAAAUCAGAAUGCGGAUAUAGUCAUACUUAUGCUUGUUUCAUUUUUUUUAGAUAUCUUAGUCGCACUCUUUGAAAAUGAGAAUGAUGACCUUGCUGACUUUUUAAUGCACAGAUUUUUGUACACUAUAGAUGAGAUCAUUUCUAGAAUAUCCAAAAUAUUGAACCCAUGCGGUGGAAUGUUUAGCAAUGGGUAUUGGAACGUUGAUGGAUCUUUGUUUUUUUACUGGAUCCUAGGGUCGAAGGCGUGUUUAUCCUGCAUGUAUGGUUUACUUGGAACUUCUUGUUAAUAUUGGGCAGGACUCAUCGAUGUAGAGGUUGAAAGUCAUAUCUAACGUAGUCCUUUUUGCUUGGUUUUUUAUUCUUACCAUUAUACUUGCUCAAAGAAUUUUUUUUGAACACGGCAGCAGAAUAGUGUGGAUGUACUAAGCAUAGAGGACAUUGGCAUUUGUUAUGUAUCUUGAGAUGUCCUAUGAUAAGGAGAUACAGUUGCCCCUUCUAGGGUUUGUUGUUAAGACAUUUCGGAAUGGUGGCCAGUUGAUGCCUAGUUUUCUUACUUUUUGGGCAUUUGAAUAACAGUUAUAAUAUUUUAUUCUUAUUUCAAUUUAAUUUUUCGAGUGGAGUUGGAUCCUCCCUUGAAAUCAGACUGAUUGGUCUAGAUUUGAAUGGAAGGCUUUUUCCUGUGACGCUCAGGGAACAAAGUAACCAUCAUUAGUCUUGGGGUUCUUGCCUUUCUUGAUCCAAAGAGCACCAAUAAUGAUGCGAGCAGAAUGCCAAUGCCCUAGAAUUUAAGUUGAUUUGCUGAAAGUCAGAUGUUGUCGUUGAAAUUGUGUGUUAUUUAUUCAACUUACCAUUUUUGUGCUAUUUCCUACGAGUUGCUGAAAAUAGAAGCCCAAUGAUGGUUCGGCUUAUCACGCUUUAUUUGCAUUAAAUUUUCAUGGAUUGCCGGUUUUUCUUCUAGAUGGGGCGAGCAUAUUUAAGAAUCAAAAUUUGAUUUUUUUUUAUUGUAGAGUUGCUGGCAGAGGGUCAUUAUCAUUAGUAUUAUAGCAAGAGAGUGAACUACGAACCUUUUAAUGAGGGUGGACAAUAUUUCUUAAUAUUCGCUGGUCUUCCCAAUCUCUGCAUAAACUUUGACUUUGGGGGUUAUGUUGACUGAGAGGGUAAGCAUAUCUACAGGAUAAAGGGGAAAAAUGAUACUCUUUGGCUGGUGCUAAAUUUCAACAUCUGUACUUUCUCGUUGAGGUUUUAAAUUUCAAUUUUACGUUGUGACAUUUUCCCUUGCCAUUUUUUUGCAGGUGAUGCAAUUUAUAUCUCGUCAGAAGCAAAUGAAGAAAUAUGUUCUCGUUCAUUGUACCCAUGGGCAUAAUAGAACUGGUUUUAUGAUUAUCAAUUACCUCCUGCGAUCACACCCUGGGAUGACUGUUACUGAGGUUUGUAAUUCCGAUUCUUUUGUUGAGAUGACCAAUAACUGAUUAUUUUUUUAGAUAUUUAAUUUCACCUACAUCUUGUUCCCUCUGUUUAUUUUGGUUCGGUUUUGGACAGGCAAUACAAUCAUUCGCCUUGUCAAGGCCUCCUGGGAUCUAUAAGCUGGAUUACAUUGAUGAAUUAUAUAAGCUUUAUCAUGAAAGGAAACCUGAAUCAUUAGUAUGUCCUUCCACUCCCGAAUGGAAAAGAUCCUCUGAACUUGAUCUCAAUGGUGAAGCCAUGCAAGAAGAAGAUGAUGAUGGCAAUGCUAUUCCAGUGUCUCAUGUAUGUGUUUAUGAUGACAUUCCAAUCUCCCUUAUUUGUUGUUUGAUAUUUGGUUGUUGCUUCUAUGGCCAUGUACUGCUAACGGGUCUCAUAUGUUUUUUUAAAAGUUCAGUCAUUUGGUUUUCUGUUAUUGAUCAAUAAUGUCAGGUGGCGGUAUCCAUUUUUUGCUGGAAAUUUCUAUUUAUGAAUGUCUCUAAUUUUAUGAGCCUUUUAACUUUUUAUUUCUUUGCAGUUGAUGAUAUUUGUUUUUUCAAGUAUCGCUUUUCACGCUUCGAUAGAAUGUAUUUUAUUAUUAGCUGUGGAAUAGUUUUUAGCUGAGGAUUCUGCUUCGAGUCAUCUUUUGAUUGUCUUCAUCUUCCGAUCAGGGUAACUCCAUCAGCUACCAUAUAUGACAUCCAAUACUCAUUCAUAGAUUACAGUUUUUGUCUUUCGCAGUAAUGAUGAACGCUAGAACCCACCAACUUUUUCAGCGUUAGUACAUUACAGUUGUAUCUUGGGCAGAGAUACCCUCUUCAUACGGAUGAUCAGAUAUUUUGGGGGAUGAGUUUAGGUUUAGAAUCCUUGUGUGGGAGCAUACACAAUAUCAGGUGUGAGUGUUACCUAGUUGCGCAGUUGUCUCAGCACUGGUGAGUGCUUAAGUGAUGUGUGGAUAUGUUGCACAACAGGACUUUCAACAAUGAAAUGCUUUCAUUGAUUAUGCAUCCCACCUUCAGUAUGGAUCAUAGAGAUGAUCAACCUCUACAUAACUGGUAUUCAAAGAUCAUGAGUUCUUAUGUCUCUUGCUGGGGAUACAAUGCAAUUUGAACAAUUGGUGGCUUAAAAUUUAGAUUGGUAGCCAUCUGAUUGCACGCCAGACCUGAGGACAAUUGGUGACCUCUGUUGACAUAGCAGAUGAAGACUAUGCUUUUCAGCUUGGAUGUAGAUGCUCUCUGGUAACUUGCUUCAGAACUGGCAGAGUUUUUCCUCUGAUGCCAUAUCCAUCACCUCUGGGCUGAUGGGUGGUAAAGUAUUUCCUCAGGUCUGGCGUUCAGGCAAUGAAGUUUGGAUUAAGAACCCUAAUGUUGGGCCAUACACAAUCAUUUAGAAAAUUCUCCCUGUUGAUGAAGAAUCCUAGUGAAUGGGGACGGUCUGGUUAGUUGUAGGCAGCCCCUCGUUGUGGUUACCAUGUAUUGAACCAAUGCGAGGACUUGGAUUCCUUCGUGUUUAAGUUUGAGGUGUGUGUGAUGUUGUCUAAAUUUUGAUUAGAAUUGUCCCCCUGAUCUGAAUGUGGUCAUUUCAAUCUGAAUCCACAAGUGUUCGAAUUUGGAGCUGUGAUCAGCAAAUAUUUCCGCAGACUUUUAGUAAAACCUUCAAUUGGGCCAAUAUCAUUGUAUUUAUGGACAGUAUAGAGCGAAAUUUGUAAACUGUAGAGAGGCCAGCUGUUUUCUAGCGGAUUAUACUCAGUGUCUGGCACCAAUGCUCCUACCAGAGGUAGACGAUAGUGUAACACUUUUUUGGCUAAUCGCUGAGGAAGAAAAAUAGGGAAGGGAAAAGAGGAAGAUGUGGACAAGAUAGGAAAGGGGAAUGAGCCUUGUCAGAAGGGGGAAAAAACAUAAAAGUUGAUGUUGUCCAUUUCGAUUGCAUGAUUCUUCUCUGGUUCCAUUCCCGCUGGACGUAAAUUGUGGUUGUGGAUGAGGAGUGUUAUCAUACUAAAAUUUAUACUGUAGUUCUGUUAAGGUUUUUUUAGUAUCCUACUCACUUUUCAUACUUUAAAUAUGUAAAAUAUUAUCUCAUAAUCAGGUUUUUCCCUCAGAUUUCUGAGUGUUAUGGAUGUUUGAGUGAGAAUUAGAUAAAAAAGUUAUCCCGAUUGCAAUUCUUUGAACAAACAACUUCAAACAUUCUAACAUUUCAUUACUUUUCAAUUUGCACCAUCACUUGUUAAAGUGACGCAUCAAACUGAGUGAGAUCAUCUAGUAUUAUCAAACAGUAAUUGAGAAUACUAUACUGCAAGCUCGUGUCUUUGUUUUUUCGAUUGCUUCCAUCACUUGCUUCUCUAUCCUUCCGUACUUACGGAGAAUGUGUUUAGUCAGUAAAUAAAAUUGUGAAGGCUAAUUCGAAGAUAUGGAAUGCAAGUGUUGUAAUCCCAAGGAUGGGUUCCUUGUUACGUUGACCACCAUAUAUUUGUAGAUUCACAUUCUGUGAUCUGUGCUUUGCUACAUUAUCCUCUGCAUGACUUCAAAAAUCAUGUAUAGUGAUGUUCCAUCGGGCGGAUAUGUUCGACCUGAAUUGCUCUCUCAACUUGUAGAGUUAGAGAUAUUAUUAUUUCAUGCUGAAUGAAGAGUUUGAUUCCAUUGUUUCUGCAUGACGUUAAUAAUAAUGACUAUCUUAUUCUAAUUUUUAUGUCAUUAUUUACUUUCGUCCACAGCACGAGGAACAUAUUGAAAAUGAAGCUAUGAAGAAUGAUGAUGUUUUGGGCGAUUCGAUACCUCCAGAUCAGAGAGACGGUUUUCAACAGUUUUGUUGUCAUCAACUUAGGCUUGCUCCAAUGGUAUCGAUGCUUUGUAACUUUGGGUCCUUCUCCUUUCAUUUACGUUUAUAUCUUUUCUAUAUUUUUUAGUUUUUGAGUUUCACCUUAAAAAAAAUGCGAAAUUGAAAAUUGGAAAUUGGACUAUGAUUCAGGAGAUUAUCAACUUGGAGAUGAGGUUUUUUUAUGGUCAGCAGAUGCCAACAUAGUCUGAAUGAAUGAUAAAAUAAAAUUUUGAACAUAAACGGUAAAAAGCAGGGAUUUAGUGGUCGAAAGGGAGAAAUCAAGGAAAAAAAUAGAAGCACAUGAUAAGAAAGAAAAUGGAAACAAGAAAAGGAAAUGGGAACGCAGUGUUAGGUGAGAGAUGCUUGCUUUUUUGAGUCUUGCAGCUGUUCUGUCAGUGGAAACUUGCAGGCAUGACGAAUUUGAUAGGAAGUAAGAAGUUGAUCAUUACUUGCAAAUUGAAUCUUUACCCUGUUUAAUGAUAAUGCUAAUCUUAUUUACGUGAAUUAUAACCGAAAAGCACUAUUCUUUUAUUGAGUCAAAAUUUGCAUCUUAUAAUAAUUCACCUUAUUCAUUUAGCUUGUCCAUAUCAUUUCCUUUUAAGAAAGAUGAUCCGAUAAGAAAUGCUUGAAUUCCUCCCUUGUUUAACAGAAUAGUGAUGACCUAAUGGUUUCUGAUACCGUAACUGGUAUAAACCAUUUUAACUUAAUUCAUGGGUAAUAUCACAUUGGCUGUUCAUGACGUUUUGUAGACAUAUAUUCAGAAUUAUAGAAAAGUCUUGCUUUUUGGACAUUUCAUAUGAUUUCUUAUUUUCUUUUCAGGGUAGGGGCAGGCUGCAGUUUCCAGGAUCACAUCCUGUGUCUUUGAACAGGUUAUUGCUUUGCAUUUCAUGUUCAAAAUUUUCAUCCAUUUUCUGUGUUUAUUUAUAUUCUCUGUUAUCAGAAAUAUUUGAUCUAUAAAAAUAUCUUAUUGCCAAUGUUUAUAUGCACCUAGGCAGAUAAUCUUUAUUUUUGGGAUACAUUGAAAGGUGAAAAACACAUUAGCACGUGUACCAAGCUUCUGAUUAAUAUAUUCUCUAUUAGCUUGUUUAUAUUAUUGUGACUUUUUGCGACAACUGGUGUGAUUCAAUCUUUUUUUCAUUUGUUUCUUUGGCCCUGUCGUGGGUAUUAUGUCUUUUUCUGACAUGUAAUAUGCUUUUUUAUCAUUUAUUAUCUGCUAUAGCAGACAUUCGCUGUGGAAGUUUUUUAUCAUUCACAUGAAGAUCCACCAUGCUUGUUUUUCCCCAUCCCCGUCUCUGCUGCUGCAUUUCUUUCUCAAAGUAUCUUUUCCUUUCUUGUGAUUAUGAAGACUCAGCUCCAUGUCAAUUUACUGCAUAGCACUCUGUUGCUUUUUAAAUGUCUGUUAACCAUCUGGUUUGGUGUUUGCAACCUUUUUUGAGAAUAUCUGUGUGCUUGCCAUAAAUAAGCUAUUUGUGUUUGAUUCAGUGAGCUUCUCGACAUUAUUUCUAUACCCUGUUUUUUUUUUGUGCGGGUUUGCUUCUUAAUUUUAGAAUACCUGUCUUCAUUUUUAUACUAUCCAGGGACAAUCUUCAACUGCUUAGACAGCGGUAUUAUUAUGCCACGUGGAAAGCAGAUGGGACCCGAUACAUGAUGCUUAUCACUACUCACGGUUGCUAUUUAAUUGAUCGAAAGUUUGAGUUUCGUAGAGUGCAAUUGCGCUUUCCUUCAAAGGGUGGAGUCGAUGUAGGUGCUCUAGACUGUUCUGUAGCGUAAUUCUUGUUUAUUUUAUGAGGAAACAAGUUGUUUCCUUCUUCUAUGUUGUAACUAAUCUUGUUUAUUUCACCAAGGGAGUGCACAACUAUACUUUAAUUGAUGGUGAGAUGAUCAUCGACACUAUUCCCAAUACAAGGAAGAUGGAAAGAAGAUAUCUGGCUUACGAUUUAAUGGCCCUUAACGGAGAAUCUGUUGUUGAGGUUGGAUUUUCAUGACACUGCAUGCGGCAUUCAAUUGUUUUUGUCUUCAUAGAUUUUGUUCCCCACUAUAGGAAAUCUCUGUUCUCAAAACAUAUCGUUGUGAAGAAAGUGGGUUAAAUAUAUGAAGCAAAAAUUUUCUGCUGUUUAUUGCCCAUAAACUAACACUGCUUGCCAGUCUCGAAAAUUACUGUAUGCACAAAAACUAGGCCGACGAUGUGGCGCAUAUUUGAUUUCACUUGCCAUGUUCAUAAAAAGAAACCUUGGGCUGAAGUUUUGUUUGGUGACUAAUUUGUGCCAGCCGGGAUUUUGUUGGUGCCAAGCAUUGGGAUUUUCUUGUUCGCCUUCAAGGUUUCUUAUGAAUUGGGGCACAGUACUUCCUUACCUCGCCAAUAUACUAACGCUUAAAUCAUUGCAUUAUCUCCCCAAUAAAUAUCAUGUGCAUUUCUAAUUAAGACAUUGCAUUUGGAGUGGUGAGGAGAACGAUCUCGAAGGCUGAUGUUGGGGUUUUCCUCGCUUAGAAUGGACUGGUUGUGAGACACCUAAAUGGUAUAUAAUCCGCCUACCAUUGCUUUGGACAGCCUUUGUGGUUUUGAUAUGAUUUUGUAGUAGUAGAAUAGUUUUACAGUGGCGUGUUUAAGUUAACGGGGUUCCUCUUCUUGUAUCCAAAUGGCUUUAAAAUUGGAUGGCCUGAUAAUUUUAACAUUGUAACAGUGCCAAUGAUUACUUUUGAGAUGGCAACAUCUCAUUUAUAUUUUCUACAAAACAAAUCCCAGAACUCAAUUGAUCCUGUUCACUGUGUUCAAUCAAUUUCGAUUCUCAUAAGGAAAUCAACUUCAACAUCAUUACAUGAUUUGAAACAAACAGGACCCGGAUCAGGGUCUCACUUGGAGUGCCAAAUUGGCUUAGCCAUUGUUUUUUUCCAAACCAUCGUUAAAGUCAUUAGUAAUCGUACGCAUUUUGUGCUUAUGCAGUAAAUCUCGCAAUGGAGUAUUCUAAAUAAAAAUUAUCAUGGAUAAAAAAAACUUUCUUUCCCUGAUGAGGCUUGUCAGGUGUUAUAACAAUUAUUCAUUCAAGAGGAAAGUAGUGUGUUUCAACUGCAUGCGUAAUAAAUAUGAGGAAAGUAACUCAUGCAUAUAUCUUGUAUUUCUCAUUAAAUUACAUUAGGAGCAUAUUAGUAUUUCCAUGUAAUUACCAUGGCAAAUGAUUAGGGGUAAGUUAGCUCCCGGGAGAUGCUUUUUUUUCUCGAUCAGUCGUAUGCUGACACUGGUUGUUGUAGAUUUCUUCUGUAGGUGAUGAUGUUAACUCAAUUAUGUUAUAUCGUUACUUUUUUCCAUGCUGGAUGUUUCCUUGAUAAUUUCAUGUUCAUUCAUUUGUUUAUUUUUGUGCAUAUUUAUGACUCUUUAUUCAGAUGUAAUAAUUUAUAAACUUUAGAGACUCCUGUAUAUUCGUGAGUUUGAUAGGCAUUACAAUCUUUUGCAGAGGCCUUUUUCAGAAAGAUGGAAACUACUAGAAAAGGAAGUAAUUGAACCACGGAAUUUUGAUCGACGGCAAAAUCCUAUCUACAGAUAUGACUUGGAGCCAUUUCGAGUAUACAUUUUAAUUUUUCUCUAGGGAAUUAAAAUGCUGUUAAUCACGAAGUUAUCGGGAAACUACAGUAUUCUAAUUUUUCUUUAUUUAUUUGCGACAUUUAUCAGGUUAGGAGGAAGGAUUUUUGGUUGCUAUCUACUGUUACCAAGCUUCUAAAAGAAUUCAUUCCAGCCUUGUCUCAUGAUGCUGAUGGUCUGAUCUUUCAGGUGAUGGCUUAAUUUGUAAAGAGAUAGUUUUUGUACUGUAACUUAAAAUAUGACCCCUCGAAGAUUGUUGCUGUUCGAUUUCCCCUUCAAAGCUUGUAGGUUCGGGAAGAAAAUGUUCGGCUUUAAUUUUGAAACAAGAUAUUUUCAAUUGAAAAUUUGUAUUGUGUUAAAAAAGAAUAGCCCCUGCUAAACUGUCAUUGAAUCAAUGUAUCACUCGGCAGAGUAAAUACAGAUUUCAUGUAAAAUUGUUAAAUGCAUAUUUCCUGGUUCUUUUUUUGUUUGUUGUGGUUUUUGGUAGCCCUUAAAGAUAGAUGGGUGACAUAUUUACCAAAUUUGUUGCAACUCGGAGAUUCAUCUGUAUUUUCAUUUUAGUAGCUUUAGGAGAUUGCAAUGUUAGCUCCUGAGAGUGAGGCCCUUGCAUGUUUGCGACUCAUUUUUUGGGUGUAUGUAUUGCCCAAUGACUGCCUCCAACGACACAAUUAUAUUGAAUGCGACAUUUUUUAUCCCUGCUUGGGUAGGAGGUGUUUGAGAGAUUUCUCUAUCUUGCAAUCUAGGGUUCAGUGUGUCUUUUUUUGCUACUGAAAUUUAAGCCUGUAUCAGAGCAGGUUCACCGUUGCUAGCUGAAACUCUAUUCUUGUAACCCUCGUUUGCUCUUCUUGGCAGUGGCUUCUGUGGGGCCCUACCCCUUCAUUAAAUGUUUCAUUUAGAGAAUAGAUCAUUCCUCUUUAUUUUAGCUUUGAUUUUGUAGUUUUUUCAUUUAUAAGUGGGUUGUCCUCAAAGAUUCAAAGGUUCUCUUCCUGUGAAUAUUAACCAACUUACACAUCUGAACCAUGUGCUAAAUGUUAGUGUAGCUUCCAUCAUUUCAGAUGGGCCAUCAUGAUGAGCAAUUUGUGUGGGAAAAGAUCAAAUAGCCAGAGAACGUGGUAUUCAUCAAUUUCUUCUUAUGGACAACAGAAAUUUCCUUGGUGAUUCUGGGAAAGUUUUUUAAAAAACAAGAUUGGAAUUGAUUUAGGAAAACAUGAUUUUGGAACUAUUUGAUGAUUAGGAAGCAGCAAAGUUCUCCUUGACUACAUUAGUGUCUUGGUUUGUCUGUUUGUUUCCUUGAUCAUUAUCUUCAAAGUGGUAUUUAAUAAAACUUCAUUUGAAAUACGUUAUUUUAAAUAUAUUAUUAAUUUUUUCAUGAAAAAUUGUACACGAGUAGAAUAUCAAUAAACUCACAUGAAUGACGAUAUUUCUUACUCUAUCUUUGAAUUCAAUCUAUUGCAGUUAAUCUACAAGUGUAGUUCUGUUAAUAUCAAUCCGCAAGGAAUGUGAAUUUCUUGAUCAGUAGUGCAUUGAUGUCUUCAUUAAGGCAUUAAACAUAUAUAUAUAUAUAUAUCUCUGAGUAAAAGAGUCACAUAAUUCACUUUGGCUUCUUUUAUAAGUUUUACCAAAAGUAAUCUAGAUAGUCUUUCAAAUGAGAAAGAUUUUUUCUUUCUUCACGUAAAUGUCAUCGGAACGUUGGAUGUUGGUUACCUUGAUGUUGAUGAUAACCUUUUUUAGAGUCGAACACUCUAGUUCUUUUUUAAAAUGUUUUCGCCUUAUAAUGAUACUUCAAUUAUUUGACACGGCAUGAUGUGGGUGCACAAUUCCUUUUGUGUUCUGUAAUAUAAAACUUGACGCGAGUAAUCGAUAACCUCAUAAAUUAAAGUCAUAGACAAGGGGCAAAGAUCAAUAAACUCUUCUUGAUAAUCAUAGUCUCUUCUGUUGUCAUCUUAAGAGUAUCUAUAACUCGGCUAUCGUUUAUCUCUUUCAUUCUUUUUGUUUAUGAGCAUAUUAAGUAGUUUAGAUUGAAGGUGUCCUCUUUCUGCAGUGCUUUCAUUACUAGAUUUAACCAAGUGAAAUGAAGCUAUCCAUGGAACGUCGAAUGUGUUUUAGACUCCAUGUUGAACUAAUGUUGCUUGUUCCUUGUGUUGUUCUAGGGCUGGGAUGAUCCGUAUGUUCCGCGCACACACGAAGGCCUUCUGAAGUGGAAAUACCCUGAAAUGAACUCCGUUGACUUCCUAUUUGAGGUUCGUCGCCACCUUUCUUAUCUCCAGAUGUCUAGCUUUGGCAUUUCCUAUAAUCGAAAGAAUUUAAAACUUUUCUGAAAGUAGACAAAUCCUGGAAAGAUUUACCUUUUGAGAAAGAUGAGAAGAAACUCACCCAGGUUCUUGGUUCUAUUCUGGCCCGUUAUGCGUAAGUUUCUGAUUUAUUAUUAUUAUUUGAUGUUGUAUACCAUCUAUUUAAAGUACUUUUCUCGUCUCUGGUAUCAGGUGGGGAGUGACGAUCGCCACUUGCUUUUUCUUUUCGAGAGGGGGAAGAAGAAGCUCAUGGACGGUGCCCGAGUAUCUUUUACCGGUGAGCUUCAACCCAUGGCUGGUUCUCUUGCCCGAAUUGGCGACUAAGCUUGGUCGCCGACGAGAUCAGAGAACAUGACCAGAACAUUAUUGUAUACAGAGAUUUUGAGGAACAGUUCAUCUUUGCAGAUGUGGAAGAUGUGUCGAGCUUUUCGGGGAAUAUCAUCGAGUGCUCAUGGAAUCCAGAGGAGCAGUGCUGGGUCUGCAUGCGCACGAGGCCAGAUAAAGCUACACCCAACGACAUAAACACUUACACCAAGGUUUCUGUCUACUCCCUCCCUCGAAGAUCAUCCUGCCUACCCAGUACUCUGUUUUACUGAAACAGUCACAUUGCUAUCAACAGGUGAUGAAGAGCAUAAAGGAUAACAUCACAGAGGAGGUCCUGCUGAAUGAGAUAGGAGAGAUCGUUCAGCUCCCCAUGUAUACCGACAGGAUAGCCAAGGCCCAGCAGAUGCAGCAUCUGCACGCAGGAGUGCGGCGAAGGUGA